CAUAAUUGGUGUCUUUCAUGUGCUGAGAAUUAGAUGGCUCCCCAAUGGACCACCGCAUUUACAACAUGGAGGCGUCCCAUGAUCAAUAAAUACCUGAACCGCCAAAGCCCCGAAAUCUGCCCUGCCGCGCCUACGCAGCUGCUACUCGCAAGAUGGUAACUACAGUAGAGAUAGGGAAGCCUGUCCUGAGUCCAGAAGAAGGAGGACAGCUCGCACAAGCGGUGUCGGACCCCGGAGUAAUCGAGUUCGAAACGCGGUUGCAAAAUUUGCUCUCACAGACGAGGAAGGUACAACUAGGUGACCUGAUAUUGGAUCCUGCAAAGUCGGCCGACUCUAUUCCUACCACUCUGACUCGCUAUAUUUCUGCAUUGAUCCAGGCAGACAGACCCGCGGAAGCAGAAACCUUACAACAGGUUCAUGACAAGGUGGUUGACAAUCCAAAUUUCGGAGGACUCGGCUUGGUCGAAGGUGUCAAGGCUACUGCUCACCAACAUUCUGAAGCCAUCUUCUUGGUUGAAGCCUGGCUAGAUGCGAUCACUUCACGCGAACGGGAAAGAGAAUAUCUGUCGUUUCUCAAAACGCCUGCUACCGGAACGAAGCCUAUGACGCUAGCAGAAAAGAUCUUUGCUCAACAUGUGAUAGGAGAAAGACCUCCCCAUGGCCUCAAAGCAGGCGAUGUGGUGAGAGUGGGCGUCGAUUGGAUCUUGGCAUCAGAACUGUCAUGGCAGGGAAUGGCCCGGACGUAUAAAGAACUCGGAUCUCCUGGCAUUUGGCGAAAUGACCGUUUCUGGCUGGCUGGUGACCAUGUUUACCAUCCAGCUGUAGCGUCCAACCCCAAGAUCAAGGCAUUCUUGGAUGCGGCUGAGAAGGCCAAGAAUGAAUUCAAAUUGACAGAGUAUCAGGGCAUGAACUACACCAUCAUGCACACGGAAUUCGUGCGAGAACGAGUCGAACCCGGAAUGCUUGCAAUUGGAUCCGACUCGCACACGUGUUCGGGCGGAGCUGUUGGUUCGUUGUCCCUCGGACUAGGCACGGCGGAUGUCAUGAUGGCUCUGGCGCUGGGUGAGACCUGGUUUAGGAUCCCGGAAUCCAUCUCCAUCGAGCUGAUCGGAGAGCCCCAGACUGGGAUGACUGGCAAGGACGUGAUUCUGCACAUAUUGGGAGAAUUGAAGCGCAAUACCGUUGCCGCUGAGCGGAUCGUUGAGUUCCGCGGUGAGGGUCUCCAGUAUUUGUCGUGUGAUGCACGCUUCGCCAUCUGCAACAUGUGCACCGAGUUCGGUGCUAUUAGCGGCAUUUUCGUUCCCGACAGCAUCACGUACAAUUACAUCACACGACGGCGACGAAAGGCGAACCGCCAGAACUCGCUAUACUUCAGACCUGAUGCCAAUGCCGAAUACUCCGGAGAGUAUACCAUUGACCUGUCAAAGGUCGAAGCUUCGGUCGCCGUAUACCCAAAUCCAGACGACGUGGUUCCUGUCUCGGAGAAGGCAGGGCUCAAGCUCGACGGCGUGUUCAUUGGUGCCUGCACAACGACUGAAGAAGAACUUGUCCUUGCCGCCCUAGUGUUGAAAGUCGGAUUGGAAAAAGGUUUACCGAUCGCGAAGGGGAAACGACAUUAUGUGCCCGGAUCCUUGCCUGUGCUUGAAAAGCUGAAGGAGCUCAAACUGUUGGAGGUGUAUGAGGCUGCAGGUUUCACUCGCGGACCUCCUGGGUGCUCGUUCUGUGUUGGACUCUCGGCGGAGAAGGCGAGUGAAGGAGAGGCCUGGUUGAGCUCACAAAAUCGUAAUUUCCAAAAUCGCAUGGGCAAAGGCGCCUUCGGUCACGUCACGACAGCCAUCAUAUGCGCUGCUUCGAGUUUCAGUCUGACAAUAACCAGUCCUGCCGAGUUUCUCAAGGAUAUAGACAUGGAAUUCUUCAGGCGGUACAGCCCGCUGGGUGUCAUGGAGUACACUCCGAUUGACUAUGUCGAGCCCGACUUGACUUCGAAGCCAGGGCCGCCGAUCGAAACCACCACCGCUGCGGUCACAAAUGCCAACGUUAGCAACGAGGGUUCACAGAAACAGGUCGACAAGAUAUCGAGUAAGGUCGUGAUCCUGGGAGAUUUUAUCGAUACUGAUGCGCUGGCUCCUGGACCUACGCUGACCACUUGCGUCACGGAUGAAGAGUUUGGCCAACACGUCCUCGAACAUACCCAUCCCGACUUCCGCGCUAAAGCGAAGAACGGUCAGCAGAUCGUCGUGGCCGGACACGCUUUCGGUGUCGGGUCGAGUCGAGAAUGCGCAGUUUCUGCUCUGAAGGGUACGUCUUGGUCAUGUUCGUUCAAGUUAUCAAGGCUGGGCUGAUCACAUCCCCUAGGCGUCGGCGUCAAAGCUGUGCUGGCACGCUCUUUUGCCUUCAUCUAUGGCCGCAACCAGCCGAGUUUGGGACUGUUAGGCAUGACGGUGUCCGACGAUGCUUUCUUCGAAGUGGCCAAAGAAGGCGAGGAUAUCACUAUCGACAUUCCGAGUCGCACAGUGUCGGUUGCGGGGCAGACCUUCCCGCUCAAUUUGUCGGAGAUGGAGUACAAUUUGACGGUGAAUAAUGGCAUGGCGGAAUCGUUCAGGCGGUUUGGAAAGGCUAUUUGGGAGAAUUUCACGGGUAGCACGACCGGUGGGAAAUCUGUUGCCAGGGCUUUGGAAGAGGGAAGUGAUGUGAAGAAGGACAGAAAGAUGGACUGGUAGCGUAAUGGUGGGGUGCUAUUCCCGACCAUACAACCUGGUAUGAUGUCUUCUCAAAAUUAUAUCUUGGUGUGAUCUCUUUCUUCGCAGUCGAUCACAGGCGAGAGCCCAC